UUUUUUACAAAUGCUUGAAAGGAAAAGUGAGAAGUUUAUAUUAAUUUUUUUAAAUAAAUGUUUUCAACUCAAAGGGAGUAUUAUACGAUGGAAAAAUCGAGAAAUGUUCACUGCAGGUUGUGCGCGGAACCUAAAACAUCAGAUAAAAUGCUGGACAUAUCAAGCGAUGAGCUAAAAUACGAAGAGGUUUCCAAAAAACUCUAUUUUCUAAACGCUGUUUACGUAAACGUAAACAAGGAUAAUGUUUUACCGAAAACCAUAUGUUUUGUGUGCUACGAAUCUUUAAAUAAAGCCUACGAUUUUCUAGACAAAGUUAAAAGAGCACAGACAAUUUUAUACAACAUAUAUCCUUUGGAUGACGAGAAAUGCUCGUCAAACGAUGAAAGACCCGUCACUUACGAUGAAGCAUCAGAUGCUGAAUCUGGACCCGAUUUAAUAAAACUUGAAAUACCAACAGUCAAAAAUGACUUGAACAAUUUACAUACAGAAUUAAUGAUAGAUAAAGAUACAAUAAAAAAUGAACCAAAAGAUGAGAUAGAUGCCAGCCAAGAGAGUCAUAAUUAUGACCAAACUUUAAAUGUACAAGAUUUAUUAGAUGCAGCAAUGUGUAAUGUUUCCUAUCCUGAAGUAACAUUGUAUGCUAAAGAAGUUAGCAAUGCAAAAAAGAAGGCCAUAUCUUCGUGGAAGGAAUAUCCCUGGAUAUGUUUACAUUGUGACAUUGAGUUCCUUGAUAUCGUUACUUUGAGAUUGCAUUCAAAGUUAACGCACAGUAAAUGUAGUGCGUUUGUUUGUAUUGAUUGCAAUAAUUUUGGAAGUGGUGAUUUUGAUUAUUUCAUUAAACAUGUUAAGUUACAUCGGAAAAAGCUCAGAAAAAAAUGUCACUAUUGCGAUGAAACUAUAAAUGAAGAUACUUUACCCUUCCACAUAGAGCAACACUUUCAAAAAAACCAAGUUUCCUGCACCAAUUGUGGGGAAAUAUUAAAAAACAAUGAAUCCCUCCAAAAGCAUCUGGUUGAAUACAAUUCAAAGAAACCAAAGAGAAAACCACGAAGGAAACGUGGUACACCUUUAACCAUAGAGGACUUAACUUGUGGAAUGUGUAAAAAAGUAUAUAAGAACCCAAAUAGUUUACGGGAUCAUAUGAAAAUACACACAGAUGAUAGAAAAAGGAACUACACAUGCGAUAGAUGUGGAAAAACGUUCUAUAAUAAAGGCACCUUAACCUCUCACAUUAUGGCCCACGAUAAAGUCAGACCACACAUAUGUAGGAUAUGUAACAAGUCAUUCUUGUUCCCAAACAUGCUGAGACGUCAUGUUGAAAUGCAUUCAGGAAUCAAACCAUUUUCUUGCGAGCAGUGUGGAAGGUGUUUCAGACUUCAGUACCAGUUGAAUGCGCACAAAAUAAUUCAUACAGACUCCAUGCCGCAUGUAUGCCAGUAUUGUAAUAAGGCAUUCAGAUUCAAACAGAUCUUGAAGAAUCAUGAACGGCAACACACUGGAGCAAAGCCUUAUUCCUGCCAAAGUUGCAGUAUGGAAUUCACAAAUUGGUCAAAUUACAACAAACAUAUGAAAAGGAGGCACGGGUUGGACACUUCCAAGAAAAAGAUCACUCCCGAGGGCGUGUUCCCUAUAAACCCCCAAACCGGUGAACUGGUGCAGUUCAGUGAUGCCGGUACAGAGGAAUGGAAGACCAAGAUUAUGAUACCGGGCAAGCGGGGUAAGAAGAAAGUUAUUAAAAAGGAAGACACUGUAUAGUAUUACUAGAAUAGUUGAGUAGAUUUUGCUACUCUUAAGUACAAACGUAUUUUUAUUGAUUUUAUGAAGCACAGGUACAUUUAUGAAAAAGAUCCUAUUGGUUUGAUAUCUAAAAACAAAAUAUGGUUAAAUUUUCCUAUGGAUCAUCAACUCAAAUGAUAACUGCUUUAGUUGCAUAAUAUACAUAUAAUUUUAGAUAGAAUCUAUAACACAAUUCUAUACUACUUAUUUAUAUUUUACUGCUGGCUGUAGAAGCUUACAUGAGUUUUGAGAUUCAAACAAGGAGUCAACUCUACUCUCACGCUACAGAGUUUCGAUACUCAAAAAUGAGAGGUUUAUCUUGUGCUAAGGUACAUGAGAGCAAGCUUUAAUUUAUUUUCAAUAGAAUAAUGCCAUAUGUUUUAGUCCGUAAUUUAUUUAGAAAAUAUUAUUAUUUUAUAUUAUCAACGAACUAAACA